AAAAAUAUAACACAACAAAGUAAGAGAAGAAUAAUUUUCGGUACCUAGACUUGCAAAUUUGAGUAAAAAUCUGUGAAAAAUGGCAACUGUAAACAAUCAGGAACCCAAUCAGGACGACUUGAUAAUGCAGCAACAGAGAAAAAUCGAAAAAGAGAUUCAGGAUACAACGCCCUUGGUGUCGGAAAAAUUCCCGGUCUCCGUCCUAAAUACCGAAUACAUUGACGACGUUUACGCCACGAAAGUUCGCAAACUCGAGGACCGCUAUUCACACUUGCGUCGCACACGCCCGGACGGCAAUUGUUUCUUCCGCGGCUUCGCUUAUUCCUACUUGGAGUACUUGGCGAACCACAAAAAGGAGGAAUAUGACAUUUUUCUGGAUCGCGCUUUGAAGUCGAAGGACAAACUCGUAGCUUUAGGCUUUCCACAAUUCACGAUUGAGGAUUUUUAUGACACGUUCAUUGACGUCGUGAAACGCGUUGACCCCUCAUCGGGCGACACAGAGCAAAUUCUCACAGAACUUCACAAUGUUUUCAACGAUCAGGGACUCUCGGACUACGUUGUGGUUUAUUUGCGUCUCAUAACUUCGGGGCAGUUGCAGGAACGCGCCGAUUUCUAUCAGAAUUUCAUCGAUGGAUGCACAAGCAUCGAAGAAUUUCGUCACAAGGAGGUCGAACCGAUGUUCAAGGAAAGUGAUCACAUUCACAUUAUCGCGUUAUGUACAGAGCUGGGCGUCAGUGUGGGCACCGAGUACAUGGAUCGUGGCGAAAGUCAGAAUAAUUUCCAUGUUUUUCCCGAGGAGGGCGUUACGCCGCAAGUACAUCUCUUGUACCGACCCGGACAUUAUGAUAUUUUGUACCCAAAAAAUUGAAAAAAUAAAAAAAAAAUGUUAAAAAUUUGUGAAAAAAAACUCAACGGAACUGUUUUAUUAUUAAAAUAAAAUGCAAAUUAUAAAAAUAUUGCUCGAAUAAAGACUAAGAAUAA